GCAGCCAUGAGCUCCAGCCACCCUGAGCCGGGGGCCCAGGCACCCCAGAGCCCCCGCCUGCAGCCCCUGUCCCGGAGCUCCUCCAGCCUGCUGGUUGAGGGGUGGGGGCAGAGGCCGGAGCUCCGCAAGAGCGCCAGCAGCACUGUGUGGCGGGCCCAGCCGGGCGAGGCCGGCGCCGGAACCCAGGCCCCGGAGGAAGAAAGCAGUCAGGCCAAGAGCAUGGAGCAGGCCCAGGCCUCCAGUCCCCAUCCGUCACCUCCUGCUGGGGGCCAGUGGCGCAGCAGCACCGUGGGUAACGUGUCCAGCAUGGGCAGCGGGGACCUGGGUCGCCUGCGAGCCCCCAGCACUGCUGCCGUGCAGAGGAGCCACUCGGAUCUGGUCCGCAGCACCCAGGCCCGGGGUCACGGUGGUGCUCGGAAGGCCAGCCUUAGCUGCUCGGCCCUUGGCAGCCCGCCCGUCGGCAGGGCUCAGCUGCAGCCUGGCGCUACUUCUGCCCAAGGUGACCACGUCCCUGGAGGCCCAGAAAGGGACCUGGCUGCAGAGGAUGGGGCUUCUAACUCAGCCUGGGUGCUGGGGGGCAGUCAGGCAUGGGUGCUGCCUCGAGCCCUGGGAGGUACUGCUCCCCACAGCGGCAGUGCCCAGGCUGAGCCCAGAGCCACCGGACAGCCGGCUGCCGCGUCCUGCCGUGCCCUGUCCCCUGCAGCUGUCCUCUGCGGUAUGAGGGAAGCCGGGGCUGGGUGCUGCUGCCACGCACUGCCUGCCGCAGGGAUCCUGGCCUUCCCCAAGCUUGUGGCGUCCGUCAGUGAAUCUGGGCUGCAGGCUCAGCACGGGGUCAAGUUCCACUGUAGAUUGCCCGUGGGGCUCCCAGGCCAUUCGCACUGCUGUGCCCACCCUUGGGGUCCCCCCGGCGUAGCCACCGAGCCCGGCUCCAGGACCAAAGACAUGUGGACCAUGACCUCUGCUAGUGACUUGGCCCCAGCACUGAUGUCCCCUCCGCCAGCCCAGGAUGCUGGGGUGCAGGUGGCCCCCGUGGCAGCCUGCAAGGCUGUGGCCACCAGCCCGUCCCUGGAAGCCCCCAGGGCCCUGCACGUGUUCCCAGAGGUCACUCUGGGGUCCGGCCAGGAGGAGGCGCCGUCCCCAGUGCGGGACGUGCGCUGGGAUGCUGAGGGCAUGACCUGGGAGGUGUACGGUGCCGCGGUGGACCCCGAGGUGCUUGGCGUGGCCAUCCAGAGGCACCUGGAGAUGCAGUUCGUGCAGCUGCAGCGGGCGCCCGCCAGCGAGGACAGCCUGUGUUCCGAGGGCCGGAUGGGGCCGCUGCGGGCCGUCAUGCGGUCCCUGCGCCGCCCCAGCUGCUGCGGCUGCUCCGGCGGUGCUGCCCCUGAGUGA